AUGCCUCUCCCUUCCGAUGCAAAGGUCGUCGAGACCAGCAGUGCCAUCGUCAGCACAUUGCACGAUAUUUUCGGACCACAUCCCGGAUUUCGACCUGCCCACGCAAAAGGCAUCCUCCUCAACGGCACCUUCACCCCCACCGCCGCCGCCGCCGCCCUCUCCAAAGCCCCCCACUUCAACCUUCCCUCCACCCCCAUCCUCGCGCGCUUCUCCAGCUCCACCGGGAUCCCCGAGCUCCCCGACACCGACCCGAACGGCAACCCGCGGGGCUUCGCCAUCCGCUUCCUUCUCGCCUCAACGCCCCGCCGCGUGCACACGGACAUAAUCACGCACUCCGUCGACGGGUUCCCCGGCUCCACGGGCCAGGACGCGCUGGAGUUCUUCGCCGCGCUGCGCGACGGCUUGGUCGGCGCGUACCUGGGCACGCACCCCAAGGCGCUGGCGUUCGUGCGGGCGCCGAAGCCGACGCCGGUGAGUUUCGGGCGGGAGCGGUACUUCGGCGUCAACGCGUUCAGGUUCGUCGCGGCGGACGGGGGCGAGACGUAUGUGCGGUACCGGGUUGUUCCCGAGGCCGGGGAGGAGUAUCUCGACGAGGCGGCGCUGAGGGGGAAGAGCGCGGGGUUCCUGUACGAGGGGGUGCCGGCGCUGCUGAGAGAGGGGCCGAUUGUGUUUAAGCUGACGGCGCAGGUGGCGGAGGAGGGGGACGUGACGGGGGAUAAUACGGUGAAGUGGCCGGAGGAACGCCGGGUCGUGGAGCUUGGUGCGAUUAAGUUGGAGUCUGUUGGUGAGGACCAGGCUACGCAGCAGAAGAGGGUGAUUUUCGAUCCGAUCCCUAGGGUGGAAGGGGUGGAGCCGUCGGAUGACCCGCUGCUGGAGGUGCGAGCGGGUAUCUACCUCCUGAGCGGGCGGGAGAGACGCGCUGCGUAAAUAGGGGGGGGGACUUGGGUACCUAGGCAGGUAUCUACCUAUGAAUGAGCUUAGUAUAUAGAAAC